AUGGCGCCGUUGAACGACGCAAUGGCCAAGCCUUGCCGCGUCGACAGGCCUGCAUGGGUCCAGCACGAUGAACAGGCCAUAUUCUCGAUCGACAUCGAUCCUAGCAGCGAAAGAUUUGUGACCGGCGGGGGUGACAGCAAGGUGAAGGUUUGGAGCCUUCUUCACGUCCUGAGUGGCACCAAAGCAAAUGAGCUUCGCAGUGAGGUCCCAAGGCUCCUGGCAACAUUAGUGGGGCACACGAUGCCAGUCAGCGUCGUUCGCUUUUCAUCAGAUGGGCGGUACAUUGCUUCUGGUGCAGAUGACGCCUGCAUUCUCCUUUAUGAGCUGAUGCCAGGGCGCGGUCAGGCUGCCUUUGGGAGCUCUGAUGCAGGGAACUAUGAGAACUGGCGGCAAACCAAAAUAUUGAGGUUCCAUGCGACCAAUGUAACCGAUCUUGCAUGGUCUCCAGCUGAUGGUGAGGCCAACCUGCUGGCUAGCUGUAGUCUGGACAAUCACAUUGCUGUGUGGGAUGUGGAAGAAUCCAGGCCAACAGCCACUUUAGACGGACACACCUCUUUUGUGAAGGGUCUUGCAUGGGACCCUAUGGGCUUGUACCUGGCCAGUCAGGCAGAUGACAAAAGUGUCAUCAUCUGGCAGACAUCAGACUGGACGCAGACACACAGAAUAACCUCCCCUUUCGCACAGCAGCCAAUCAAUAACUGCUUCUUCACUCGGCUGUGUUGGUCUCCUGAUGGCCAGUUCUUGACGAUUGUGAAUUCAUAUCAGAGUGGCAAGAAUGUUGGGAGUGUGAUCAGGCGGGGAGACUGGAGCGAAGUGUACAACUUGGUUGGCCACCAUGGGGCUGUUACAGUUGCAAGGUACUGUCCAAAGUUGUUCAUGAGGAAGGGUCCUAGUGGGGUAGACGAAAUGGCUCACUGCUUUGUGAUUGGGAGUCAUGACAGGAUGUACUCGAUGUGGUUCUCUGGCAACGAGCGACCUGUUUAUGUUGGAAAGAGUUUUUUCCGUGAGAGUGUUUCAGACAUUGCAUGGGCUCCUGGUGGGUGGGAUUUCCUGGUGGCAUCAGUCGAUGGCACUAUCGCCGUCGUGUCUAUUAACGAGCAAACACUGGGGCCACAUGCACCGGACGACAAAAUAAGUGGCUACCUGAGUGAACUCUAUGGGGAUGUGAACCCCGGGCGAAGGGUGAAGCUUGUAGAGAGUGCAGAACAGUUGAAGAUGGAACAGUCAAGGACACCAUUGUUAAAGAGUGGGCACCCCCAUGGCACACAGGCAGAACACACUCCAGGUAAAGUUUUGGGCAGGACAGAAUUGGCUAGGUCCAAGGCAGGUGAAGCCUCACCCAGACCAGCAAUACUUGUGAGCAGGUCGGGCCCUGCACAGCCACUGGAGCAGAAAGAAAGCAGAAGAGCGGAUGGCAGAAGGAAAAUUCAGCCAGUGCCAAUAGGAGUCGAACAAACUUCUUCUGCGGCCUGUGUUCCUCAAAAUGGUGGUGACGACGAGGUACAGAUUCGUUCAGCUGGCCUGAAGGCAAGCACCCCUUCUGACGAUUUAAAAAGAGCACAGGAAGGACCACCUUCUGUGCCACCAUCCAAGCGAUUGAAGGUGGCUGCAGCUGCAACACCAGCUGUUGGGAGCACGCCUGUUACUUUGAAGACUGCACAGGCGGGACAGCUAGGUGCAGGGUUGGAGAAGUUGAAUGUGGCCCCUGAUGUUGCGCCUCCAAAGAGAGCAGUGUUCCCUUUGAAAACUGACGACCAGGCUAUCUGGGAUGUUUUAGAAGAUGCAGAUAUAACUGUGGAAGUUUUAAAUGGUGCACAAUUUAGUACGGGGAAGGACUAUGCUCGGCUUGUCUGCCGGCACGGAAUUGAGACAGCUUGGGUGGCAGAAGUGAAGGGGAGCAUUGCACUCGUGGCUGGAAGUCCAAGGUUUUGUGCCGUCGCAACAGCUGAGGGUGAUUUGCAGAUUUUCAGUGCAUCUGGCAUUCGCCUUGUGCCAUCCAUCUUGUUGGGUGCAAAGCCAUCGUUUCUAGACAGCGAUGGGGACUGGAGACUCCUGUCUCUGACAUGCCAAGGUCACCUUCGCGUUUGGGACGUUGGCAAAGUGGAGUGCCUGGUGGAGACAUCCCUGUUUGGACUGCUAUCUGGAGAUAAUCAAGUUGUGGCCGCUUACUUGAGCAAUUGUGGCAUGCCUCUCUGCAUUUUAUCAAACUACCAUUCUUAUGUGUACAAAACGAGCAUGAAGAGCUGGAUGCGUAUUGUCGAUGACUGCUUUCCGUUUUCCCACUACCACACUACAUUUAAGUGGAACGCACAUAUGGAUGGGGCCAAUGGAGAGCUCUUCAGUUUGCAGACUGGUUGGGCCCAACACCACAAUCAAUCUUCCAGGCUCCCUGCUGCAGAUUGCCGCUCUCCUGACCUGGACAGCCGGUCACACCUAGAGCACAAUAUGGCAGCAGCAUUGGUUCUUAGGUCUCCUAAGGAGUACAAGAGGUGGUUGCUUCUGUACAUUCGCCAUUUGGUGAAGACUGUAGGAUCCCCAGAGAUGAAAGGUGAUGAAGAAAGCAAGCUAAGGGAGAUCUGUGAAGGCCUGCUGGGUCCUGUGGGUGAGGCUGGCAGUGGGAUAGCGCCUCAGUGGAAGGGUCGCCAAUGGAACCCUAAAGUUCUGGGAAUGGACAAGCGAACGAUUCUCAAGGAAGAGGUCUUGCGUCUAUUAGGGACCAAAAGGGACCUGCAGCGACUGCAUAAUGAGAUUGAUUGUCUGAUGGAGAUUUGA